AUGGCCGAUUCCAGACCGGGCGGGGAAAAAGAUGCAUACUCUCAACAGCGACGUUUAUCUGGCUCAGCUCGACCGCCUCCAUGCAGCCAUCCAAGCCAACAGACCCCGCAAAAAGAACCACAUCGUCUUCCAGCACGACAACGGCAAGCUCCAUGUCGAGCAUCGAGUGAUCGAAUCGAUCGAAGAGAAGGGUUGGGAUCUGCUCCCACACCCGCCAUACUCUCCCACGGAAGCUUCCUCAGACUGCCACGUCAACCGCUCUUUGAAAAACUGGAUGGUGAGCAAAGCAGUACAACGAACAUGACGGCAAAAGAUACGAACGUUGAGUUGAGCAUGCUUCAAAAGUACUGGUUAUUACAAAAAAUGGGUAAUGGCGCUCAGUUAACAUCAAUGCGAGCAGCGACCGAUUCAGGAUUCGCUGCCCUGCUCAGUCCAUCCACUCUUAUAUCACCAGCACAUGUAUCACCACAAUUUGAAGAAACGAGUUUUGUUAAAUCGGAUGCAUGGUCAUCAUAUGACAGCGGUGAACGUGAUCUGAAAAAUCCAGCGAAAAGUCUAGUGGAAAAACCGAUAAAACGGCGGCGAUGUGUUUCGACUUCGCCAAAUACAAAAGCAUGUUGCGCCGGUUUUCUUACUGGGCUAUUAUUUGUUUGUAUUGUAUUAGCCAUUAUAUUAGGAAUAUGGUUAAAACGACCAGGUACAACAACAUCACUCACAACUUCAAUAUCCAUAACUGGUAGUAGUACAAGCAUGACCUCAACUACAAGCACGACCUCAACUACACCUUCGACCUCAACUACAAGCACAACUUCGUCAAGUAUGAAUGACAGCACUUCUGGCAACAUUCUUGAAAAUUUUGAGAAGCAAUGGAGAUAUAGCCUUCUGACUGGACUGACUUACUUUAACUAUAAAAUAACUGAGUGUAUGUUUGCCUGAUCACGUUCGAGAGAAAACAACGUAAGAAAAGCAUGCUUUUGCUGCACUUGUGAGGUAAAAUAGUUUUAUGUGCGGCAGAGUUGCAGGAAUACGAGCAUCUUUAUGCCUUCAUUGUUAGUAAUAAUUAGAAGUGAAUGUUUGUAUAGGUCACAUAGUGUGACAAUAUGAAUUACAUCUAUUUCCCACACAUCUCUUUUACUAAUUUAUUUUCUAUACAAACGAAUAUUUAGCUUUUAAAACAUAACUCACUGUUAGAUAGCUCUUGAAAGCCUCUGUCGAUUGUGUAUAAACAUGAAGUUUUCUAAUGCUCAUUCUGUCGGUUAAGCAGCAUUUUCUGCAAAGCCAUAUUUUGGGUGUAGAGACGUUUUCUUUCUUGCUUAUGUACUCCUUUUCAAAAAAAUAUCCUAGAAAUGUCACAUGCGGCCAAUCCGAGUUCAUUUUUUCAGUAGUUUGUAGAAAACGCAUUUCUCUUUCUUCCUGGAGUUCAAAUAGCAAGUGAUAAAGCAAUUCAGUUGGACGAAGGAUCUGAACACUGUCACGAAGACGUUUUUUAUUGUAGCAACUUAGGUAGGCUAUUGUUAUUAGGCACAAGUAGAUUGUGAUCAAACGCUUACAAAUACAGUCGACGUCAAAAGUAUUUCGCCACUUUUUUGUUUUGAGUCGUGUAUUAAAAUUACACAAUAUUAAUUUCGUUUCAUUAUAUGCCUGUGUAGUAGAGGUCAAGUACUAUAUAUGAGAGAAACGUAACUUUCUGGUACAAUCCAUAAAAAAAACUGUUCAUAAAAAAAAAUUUGAAUGAUACGUUUUGUUCCCCUGUCUUUGCCGAGUAUCCUAUAAAAAUUUCCCAACUGCCAGAC